CUAGCUUGCAAGUCGCAGCUCGGGCCCAAUUACUACUGAUUCACGCCGCGCGCGAUCAUUACUGGUCGCUCAGGUCAUCUCACAACGUCCUACCAAACGUCUGUGGCCGCUUUAGGCCUUGAGCACCCAUUGCUCUUGCACAGGCCUUGCGCCCGCCGCCUCAUACGUCGUCGCACGAGCGCAACCUGUUGCAUCGAUGCGACCGAUGCGACACAUGGCUGCGACAGCACUCCUGAUCAUCGCAAUAGCCGCGCCUGCGGCCAGCAUCACCUUCCCCUGGCCUGCACAACAACGUACGCCAGCCAAGGCCUGCAUCACCAGCGCGAAGCGAGGCGACCUCGUCGAAGCCCUCGGCCAGCUCGAGGCCGCGCGCGAGGCGCGGGACCCGCAGCUUUGUGAAGCGUGGGCCGCCGUGCUCGACGGCCUCGCGGCCGGCGGGAGCGCCGCGACGCUGCGCUUCUUCGAGGCGAUGCUCCACGACGGCUUCGGCUGGGAGGACCUGCCGCGCGCGACCGCUUCAAAGCUUGAGGGACGGGCGCCGCCGCCCGCGGCGCCGUCGGGUUAUGAUGCCGUGGCACCUAUCAUCGAACCGCUGCCCGAGCUCUGGGUUGAUGUGCUGAAAAGCGUGGAGGAGGUCCACGCCAAUCACGGUGAGGCGCUCGACGCCGCGCGCCUAAACAAAACGCCCGUGCUCCUGAAGGGCGCGUUUUCCGCACCACAAUGGACGGCGCGGUCGCUUUCAGAAAAUUUCCCGGCGGGCGCCGUUUGUAGGGUCGCGCCGUCGGCGGCCGUCAGCUUCUGUCGGGAGUCGCACCCCGAUGUUGUUGAUGGCGUCACGAAAGCAUUGUCAAGGGCCUUGGUGGUUCCGGCCGCCGAGCUGGAGACGAGGCUGAACGGGGAGGCAGCCUCUCCCUUCGUCUAUCCAAAUGGAGAGCACCUCUACGUCCAGGCCCUGGCGCCGCCAUCUUUAUUGCGUGACGUGGAUUUGAGUUUUCUCGGGAAUUUUGGGGAACGCGACGCGUGCCGCGUCUGGGCGUGUCGCGGCGGCGUCUACUCGCCGCUGCACUACGACGCGCAGGACUCUCACCUACUACAGGCGACCGGUUCCAAAAGAGUGGUGCUGUGGCCCUCCACAACAUUGGAGGCGCUGCGGCCGUACGACGCCGCGUCGCCGCUCGCGCGGCGGCUGCGGGUCGAUAUAAGGAUGGACGGCGCGGCCGCGGCGGAGGCCGCAUUGAGGAGAGGGGACGAGCGCGGCCUGCCGGCUGGAGAAACUGGCCCGAGCGGCGACGGGGCGUAUGAACAGGUCGCGCGGGGCGCCGUCGAGGCCAUCUUAGAGCCCGGCGACGCGCUCUUCUUUCCGGCCGACUGGGCCCACCACAUCGAGAGCCGCGGGGACUUGAGUGUGGCGCUGUCGCUGCGCGAGGUCGACGGCGCGCUCGUGGGGACCUAA